UUUAAUUUCAACCAAAACGUGCGCUCUCUUUGUUGGACUUGGCCAACAACCCCAUUUAAAAAUCACCUUCUCAUCUCUGUCUCUUAUCCCGCGCAGUCUAAUCUCUCUCCAUCUGCGCAUCCUUCGCUCUCUCUCUCUCUCUCCGUACUUUUUGAGCUGGCAUAGAUUGCCCGGUCACGGUAGUACCAUAAAGUUAUGACCUGUUUUCCAAGAUUGAGUAGGAGGCUGGGAUUUUCGACAGAAAGAUUCUAUGAAGUUGACGACGAAGUUGCAGGACUCCACAAUGUCAAAUUUUAUAGUUACAAAGAACUAAGAAUUGCCACUAAUGAUUUUACUCUUGCCAAUAAAAUCGGAGAGGGUGGUUUUGGUUCUGUUUAUAAGGGUCGGCUUAAAGAUGGAAAGAUCGCUGCCAUAAAAGUUCUUUCGGCUGAAUCAAGACAAGGUGUUAGGGAAUUCUUGACAGAGAUUAAUGUGAUAUCUGAAAUAAAGCAUGAAAAUUUGGUUAAGCUCUAUGGCUGUUGUGUGGAAGGCAAUCACAGGAUUCUGGUUUACAACUAUCUUGAAAAUAAUUGCCUUGCACAAACUCUUAUUGGUGGGGGUCAUAAUAGUCUUCACUUUAGUUGGCAAGCAAGAUCCAGCAUAUGCAUUGGUGUUGCACGCGGGUUAGCUUUCCUUCAUGAGGAAGUACGACCUCACAUUGUUCAUAGAGAUAUCAAAGCUAGCAAUAUUCUCCUUGACAAAGACCUGACACCUAAAAUAUCAGAUUUUGGUCUUGCAAAGCUUAUCCCGGCUAACAUGACUCAUGUCAGCACCCGCGUGGCUGGAACCAUAGGUUAUCUGGCACCAGAGUAUGCAAUAAGGGGACAGUUAACGCGAAAAGCAGAUAUAUACAGUUUUGGUGUUCUUCUGGUAGAAAUAGUGAGUGGGCGAUGCAACACAAAUACACGGUUGCCGAUUGGAGAGCACUAUCUCAUAGAACGGACAUGGGAACUAUACGAGCAGGGGGAGCUGGUUGCGCUUGUAGACACAUCAUUGGAUGGGGACUAUGAUGCAGAACAAGCUUGCAGAUUCCUAAAUAUUGGACUUCUCUGCACUCAAGAUGCUCCAAAACUUCGUCCAUCCAUGUCGACUGUGGUCAAGAUGCUAACUGGUGAGAUGGAUCUUGACGCUAGUAAGAUAACAAAGCCAGGCUUAAUUUCCGACUUCAUGGACCUGAAAGUUCGGGGCUCUCCAAAAACUAAGCCUCGCACUAAGAUUUCAUCUUACACCAUAUCUUCUGGCUCGGACACCAUGGAAAAUUCAACAUUCUCAUCGCAGACCACAACUAAUGCGACAACUUUCACGACAACAUAUGAUAAGAGCUCCGAGUCCGAGGUAUCAAUGUGAAAAUCUUUAUACCAAUUUAAUUGAUUUGAUUGUAUAUUUUUUUUCUUGAUUUUAAGGCCUUUUUUUUUUUGUGUACUUGAGUAGUAGCUUUUUCAUGCUCGCUUCAUACUUACAGAGGAACUUUCUUGUGUAUUUGAUGUUGGGCAUUGCUUGGGCUCCUAACUAUACAGGCCAGUAUUUUGAUUUUUCUCA